AACAUCAUUUAGGCACGUUCGCAAAAUAAAGUAGAAAAUUUAAGAAUUUUUCUGAAAAUUUAUUUUCAAUGGCUGCAAAGGAACCAGUAAAGCGGGUAAUUCAGCAAGUGCGACCAAUUUUAUCGUUGGACCGGGAUGAAGCUAGACGACGUGUUUUAAAUCUAUAUAAAGCUUGGUAUCGUACAAUUCCUUUUAUCGUUGAUAAAUUUGACAUCCCAAAAAGUGAGGAACAGUGCAAGUCAAAGCUCAGAGAGAUGUUUUUGAGACACAAGGAGGUUUCAGAUGUUCGUGUUAUUGAUAUGCUUGUAAUCAAGGGUCAAAUGGAAUUAAAGGAAUGCACUAAACAAUGGAAACAGAAAGGACAUGUUAUGAACUAUUGGCAAGAAACCGUUGAACCUAAGCCAGCUGAUUUUCUUUCAAAAUUCAUGUCUGGACAGAACUAAAGGAAUAGAAACAAAACAAAUAAAUUAUGUUAAAGUAGUUUCCGAAAAAAUUGUGCGUUUGACUCGAGA